AAAAAGAAAACAAGAAAGGAAGUCGAGCUCAAAUUGCAUCCUGUCUGAUUCUUGCUUUGGGGCAUUGUGAAAUUUUCGGGUAUCAAGACAUCUUUACAGCCUUGGUGUUAUUCCGAAGGACAAUGAUGCCUGCCGAGGUUCCUUCACUGCUGAGGAUGGUCGGAGUUUACUGGACACUUUCCUCCUCUCUCAGUGGGAAUCUCAUGCUUGGAGGGGUUAGCUUGAAUACGAUGUCACUGCCUGCGAAUUUAAGAUGGAAUGCACAAUUUCUUAAGGAAUUUGAAAACAACUUCCUUGAACCGUUGGGAUUUUUAAAGUCAAACUACAUGAAAAAUUGCAAGAAGGAAAUACUCUUCUGCGUUUGCCAGGGAGAAAAGGAGAGCUCUGAGCUACUACCUUUGAUAGUGCUACCUAAAGAUGGAGUUCUGAUCAUUGCUAAUGGGAAUCCUGUCGAGUACGGUCAUGUCUACUUGGUGCCUUAUGUUAGCCACCAGCUACCGCUGUUUUGGGACCGAAAGAUAUUAGGAUUAGUCACACAGAUUGCUGUUGAAGUUAAUAAUUCCUCAUUUCGAGUUUUCCUUGACAAUGCCUCUACAACUUCUGGUCAUAUACAUUUUCAGGUAGUCUUGCUGACAUUUUUUAUUUUUUGUACAGCACGCAAAUCAUAUCCAUAUCUGUCUAUUAAACUUUUCUCCUUAAUUUCAUAUAUGGAUCUCAUAAGCAUAAGCCCACCUAUAUAUGCUUAA